AAAACAUUCAGCACAAAUCUAGUUUUUAUUGAACAAGGCACAACACCUUUAUACAUUUCGUACAAACUACACUAUUUGUUUUUCAAUUACUCUUUUUACGGUUUUUCUUUGGCUUGUUAUGUCGGACACAACUCCUUUGUUCCGAUCAAAGCGUCUGCAGCCACGCCCCCUGAAGGCGUUGAGGGUUUGCUUUCUGCGAAACGGAGACCGUCACUUUAAGGGCGUCAAUAUGGUCGUCUCGCAUACCCGUUUCAAGGACUUCCGGGCUCUACUUCAAGGAGUCACUGAGGCUUUAAGGCGCCUCGUGGUCCUGCGAUCGGCCAUUGCGAAUAUCCGUCGCAUCGACGGAUCCCUGUUCACCUCACUGGGUUGCUUCAGCGAAGGCGACAUUGUGAUUUGCUGCUGUCAGUACGAGGAUAUUGUUUGGGUGAGGUACGAAGUGAACAAGGACUUUCUGCGCUUCAUGGACUCCCAGAACCGCUGGCAGGAACGUCGGAUGUGCGGGGAAACGCUAGAGAAGAUCGUUUCGGAGGACCUGCCUCUGGCCAUUAAGUUGUAUAUCAGCCAUCUGGAUCCCUUGGUGCAGAACGCACGAACUCUCAUUUAUCGUGGCAGAUCGAGGGCCAAUCGGAUGAAGUGCAUCGUGAAGGUGGUGAACAAGAACUACAUGGACUUCGUCUGCCAGGACUCCUACAUAGAAGCUGAGGUGGUGCGUCACCUGCAGAGUCAUCCGAACAUAGUCGAACUUAUGUAUUCCGUCGAGGAAGCGCGCUACGUUUACUUGGUGCUGGAAUACCUCGAUUCCGAUCUCUAUCAGGUAAUUCGGGAAACGGGAGCUCUUUCGGAAGAGGAUGCCAAAUUAGUGAUGAGGGCCACGGUGGCGGGACUGAUGCACAUGCACCAGUUGCAACUGAUCCAUCGGGAUAUCAAGCCAGAGAAUAUACUGCUUCGCUUUUCGCCAGACUCAGAGGAACUCGAAACGAUCAAGAUAACCGACUUUGGCAUGGCCACUUAUUAUAGGGGCAGCAAGUUGUAUUCCUGCUGCGGAACUCCUUGCUACAUGGCGCCAGAGUUGAUCACUGAAUCGGGCUACGAUUACCAGGUGGACUCCUGGUCAUUGGGAGUUACUCUAUUUUAUAUCCUGUACGGACAGUUGCCUUUCGGCGAUAUCUAUCAUAUUGUGGUGGAGAUUUAUGCGGCUAUCAUGAGUGGCGAACGCAACUAUCCGCAGAAUGCGGCAGUUGUUCUUAGUACAGAGGCACGGCAACUUAUCAAUGGACUGCUGAUGAAGGAACCCACCAUUCGGCUAACCAUCGCAGAAGUUGCUCAGCAUCCGUUUCUGGCUUGAAAGCUAUGCAGACACCAAAUUUCAGUAGGUUUAGAUUUGCUUAGGGCUCCAAUAAAGACUAAUAGAUUACAAAA